CAUCACAACAUUUCCAUAUAUUCCAAGCAAGGUUCAUUACCAGCAAACUAGAUCAUGGAAAGCGUGCUACGACUUGUGCUGCUGCUGAUGUUCAUCUCCGGAUCACGGUGGUGGGCGUCGGCGGCAGGCAUCCCUUUCGCUGAUUCCCUGGUUGCUCAUGGCUGCCCAUCCAGCUGCGGGGAUGUGAAUAUCUCCUAUCCCUUUGGCAUUGGGCCAGGCUGCUUCCGACAUGGUUUUGAGCUCACCUGCGACAACACGGCUCAUCCACCCAAGCUCUUGUUGGGAAACACUACCACCACCGGGAUCACUUCUCCUCUUAUUAUUUCUGGUGAUAUUCAUAGUUACUAUAGAACUAAUCCUCUUGGUUUCAAUGCCACCAUGGGGCGAGGUGUGGACACCUACAAUGUGUCCUGGCAGACCCCUGAUGAGGGUGUUUUUAUCAGUGGUGAUAACAACUUGUAUGUUGUCGGCUGCAAUGUCGACGCCUACAUGUUCGGUGACAAUAUGACAGAUCUAAUUGGAUCUUGCAUGAGUGUCUGCACAGAUGACAUAGCGACCAUGGAGAAGGUGGAUUUUGAUGGCUCCUGUACUGGGCUUGGCUGCUGCUCCAUAGACUUGCUAAGAGACCUGCCAACCUUUACCUUGAAGCUUGUCCACCGCAACGUUACUACGACAAGAGUAGUAGAAUUAGACAACCGCAGCAUCAAGGUUUUACUAGCAGGUUGGUAUACUUUUGCUGCGGAUGAUCUUCGCACCAGCAGCGUGAACACAAGCAAUGUCGGAGAUACAUGGAUUGAUAUUGCAAUCACGGACAAACCAAAUUGUGAACGUGCCCGAGUGAACAAGGAUACUUAUGCUUGUAAUGAUGAAAGCAACUGCCAAGACCUACCAUCUGGACGAGGCUACCAAUGCCAGUGUCCCAAUUACUUGCAAGGCAACCCCUACCUCGUAGAUGGCUGCAUCCAAGCUUAUGAUUCAAGGCCUAAAGACAACUGUAUGACAUCAUGUGGAAACAUGACAAUUCCGUUCCCUUUUGGGAUUGAAGAAGGUUGUUUUGCAAACAAUGACUUUCGACUCAACUGCACACCAAGUAAUGUCACUCUUCUUGAUCGUGGGUACGCACAAUAUCAUGUUACUAGUAUAUCACUUGAUCAAAGGUUUCUGGCAGUUAGCAACAUGCUGAAUGACACAACCUCCAGCAACAUAUAUGAAAGGAUAAUCUACUCUAACUACCAUGGUCCUAACAAUUUUAUGGCAACUGCUGGAGAGUCUGUUACGGACGGUAUUUUUGAUUUCUCACAAGAAGAGGAAAUAAUAAAGUGGGUAGUUGCGAACUUGACUUGUGAACAAGCUAUGCAUAGAAAUAAAUAUGCAUGUGUUAGUCGCAACAGUUACUGCCAUAAUGUCACACGAGGGAAAACACAGUAUGGUUAUCAUUGCAAGUGUUCCAAUGGCUUCCAAGGGAAUCCGUACCUACAAAAUGGUUGUACAGACAUUGAUGAGUGCAAAAUUCCAAAUAAAUGUAGUGGAAUAUGCCACAAUUUUGAUGGAGGCUUCAGUUGCACAGAUUCAAAGCUACAUAAUAUAGUUCUAGGAAUUGUCAUUGGGGUUACUUGUGGCUUUGUCUCCAUAAGUGUUGCACUAGGAGCAAUCGUGCUUACCCGUAAGUGGAAAAAGGGUAUCCAAAGGAGAAUCCGAAGAGCACACUUCGAGAAAAACCAAGGUCUACUCUUAGAGCAACUAAUCUCAAACGAAAACACUACAAACAAAACAAAGAUAUUUUCCUUGGAGGAGUUAGAGGAGGCUACCAACAACUUCGAUGCUACUCGUGUUGUUGGUUGCGGAGGACAUGGCAUGGUUUAUAAAGGGAUUCUUUCAGACCAGCGAGUGGUGGCUAUAAAGAAAUCAAAAAUAGUGGAGAAAAUAGAGAUAGACCAAUUUAUCAAUGAGGUAGCUAUUUUGUCUCAAAUCAUACACCGCAAUGUGGUGAAACUUUUUGGUUGUUGCCUAGAAGAUGAGGUGCCUUUGCUAGUCUAUGAGUUCAUAUCAAAUGGCACUCUAUAUGACCUUCUUCACACAGAUGUUACAACAAAGUGCUUGCUAUCUUGGGAUGAUCGUAUAAGGAUUGCAAUGGAAGCAGCUGGGGCACUUGCUUACCUACAUUCAGCUGCUGCAAUACCAAUUUUUCAUAGAGAUGUGAAGUCUUCCAAUAUACUAUUGGAUGAAAACUUCACCACAAAGGUUUCAGACUUUGGUGCUUCAAGGUCCCUUUCACUUGAUGAGACUCAUGUGAUGACAAUUGUUCAAGGAACAUUCGGCUACUUGGAUCCGGAAUAUUAUCAUACCGGUCAACUAACUGAAAAGAGUGAUGUAUAUAGUUUUGGAGUCAUCCUUGUGGAACUUUUGACAAGAAAGAAGCCAAUUUUCAUCGAUACUUUAGGCAAAAAACAAAGCUUAUCCCAUUACUUUGUUCAAGGACUUCAUGGAAGGUCUCUUAUGGAAAUCAUGGAUCCACAGGUUGUUGAAGAGGCAGAACAUGAAGAUAUGAAUGAAAUUGCCUCCCUCGCAGAAGCAUGCUUAAGGGUCAAAGGUGUAGAGCGACCAACUAUGAAAGAAGUAGACAUGAGGUUACAAUUUCUAAGAACAAAUAGGCUGAGAAAAAAACAUUGUUUAACUGAACAAGAUGGAGAUAUUGAGGCUUUGUUAUGCCUAGAAGCUAAGAACUUAGAGGAGCACAUUGAUCUUGUCAAUGCUACUCACAUAACAACUCAAGGGACCACUAGGUUCUAUAGUUUGGAGCAAGAAAUUAAGUCUUCGUUUAGGUCACGCUAACUAAACUAACAGAGAGCUUGCUUAGAUAUUGGCUAUAUAAAUAUACAAUGUAAUAGUAUUUGGUAAUCUCUAUGAUGUGUAUCCAAUUAGGACUUGGAGUCCUAGGAAUGUGUAACUCAGUCAUGAAUUGAGAGUAUACCAAGCCUAAUUGGCUUUGUACCCAUUCUCUAUAUAAUGAAAUCCUCCAACAGCCUCAAUAGAUAAGCCGUUACAAUAGCCUUUAGGUGGUAUCCAGAAGGUCAAUUUUGACAAGUACUGGUUUGGCUGCUGUUUCUCAACAUGCUAAGGGACCUGCCAGCCUUUGUGGUGAAAUUUCGCCAAUGCAACGUUACAUGAGCAUAGUUAAGGGUCAGCCUUUUCAUCGUGAAUUAAACAUAAGGGCCGUCUCUGUUGACGGUCCUUAAUGCUCACAAUUAACCAUCAACUAAUCAUAGAAAAGGAUCCAAAUG